CGGGGCCGCGGGGGCGCCUCCCUCUCCCCCCGCGGGGCGCGGCGGGACCAUGGCCGACGACGACGUGCUGUUCGAGGACGUGUACGAGCUGUGCGAGGUGAUCGGCAAGGGUCCGUUCAGUGUUGUGCGGAGAUGUAUCAACAGAGAAACUGGACAACAGUUUGCUGUGAAGAUUGUCGAUGUAGCAAAAUUCACUUCAAGUCCUGGAUUAAGUACAGAAGAUCUGAAGAGGGAAGCCAGUAUUUGUCACAUGCUGAAACAUCCCCAUAUUGUUGAAUUAUUGGAAACAUACAGUUCAGAUGGAAUGCUUUACAUGGUUUUCGAGUUUAUGGAUGGAGCAGAUCUGUGUUUUGAAAUUGUAAAGAGAGCAGAUGCUGGUUUUGUGUACAGUGAAGCUGUAGCCAGUCAUUACAUGAGACAGAUACUGGAAGCUCUGCGCUAUUGUCACGAUAACAACAUAAUUCACAGGGAUGUGAAGCCACACUGUGUACUACUUGCCUCAAAGGAAAACUCAGCACCUGUAAAGCUUGGUGGUUUUGGGGUAGCUAUUCAAUUAGGGGAGUCUGGACUAGUUGCUGGAGGACGGGUAGGAACACCUCAUUUUAUGGCUCCAGAAGUGGUUAAAAGAGAGCCUUACGGGAAGCCUGUAGAUGUGUGGGGUUGUGGAGUGAUCCUUUUUAUUCUACUAAGUGGUUGUUUGCCUUUUUAUGGAACCAAGGAACGAUUGUUUGAAGGCAUUAUUAAAGGAAAAUACAAGGUAAAUGACAGUAUGAAUCCUAGGCAAUGGAGCCACAUCUCUGAAAGUGCCAAAGACCUGGUACGCCGCAUGCUAAUGUUGGACCCAGCUGAAAGAAUAACAGUUUAUGAGGCACUGAAUCAUCCUUGGCUGAAGGAGAGAGAUCGCUAUGCAUACAAGAUCCACCUUCCAGAAACAGUAGAACAACUGAGAAAAUUCAAUGCAAGAAGGAAACUAAAGGGGGCAGUACUAGCAGCUGUAUCAAGCCACAAGUUCAACUCCUUCUAUGGGGAUCCCCCUGAAGAGCUGCCAGACUUCUCUGAAGACCCUACCUCCUCAGGACUUCUAGCAGCAGAAAGAGCAGUCUCACAGGUGCUGGAUAGCCUGGAGGAAAUUCAUGCGCUUACAGAUUGCAGUGAAAAAGACUUAGAUUUUCUACACAGUGUUUUCCAGGAUCAGCAUCUGCACACUCUACUAGAUCUUUAUGACAAAAUUAACACAAAAUCUUCACCACAAAUCAGGAAUCCUCCAAGUGAUGCUGUACAGAGAGCCAAAGAGGUACUGGAAGAAAUUUCAUGUUACCCAGAGAACAGUGAUGCAAAAGAACUAAAGCGUAUCUUAACACAACCUCAUUUCAUGGCCUUACUUCAAACUCAUGACGUAGUGGCACAUGAAGUUUACAGUGAUGAAGCGUUGAGAGUUACACCUCCUCCCACCUCUCCCUAUUUGAACGGAGAUUCUCCUGAGAGCGCCAACGGUGAUAUGGAUAUGGAGAAUGUAACACGAGUCCGUCUGGUGCAGUUCCAGAAGAACACAGACGAACCAAUGGGUAUCACUUUAAAAAUGAAUGAGCUGAACCAUUGCAUUGUUGCAAGAAUUAUGCAUGGAGGAAUGAUUCACAGGCAAGGUACACUCCAUGUGGGCGAUGAAAUCCGAGAAAUAAAUGGAAUCAGUGUGGCAAAUCAGACAGUGGAACAAUUGCAAAAAAUGCUUAGGGAAAUGCGGGGAAGUAUCACCUUCAAGAUUGUGCCAAGUUACCGCACUCAGUCUUCAUCCUGUGAGAGAGAUUCCCCCUCUACAUCCAGACAGUCCCCAGCUAAUGGUCAUAGCAGCACUAACAAUUCUGUUUCGGACUUGCCAUCGACAACGCAACCAAAAGGACGACAGAUAUAUGUAAGAGCACAAUUUGAAUAUGAUCCAGCAAAGGAUGACCUCAUUCCCUGCAAAGAAGCUGGUAUCAGAUUCAGAGUUGGAGACAUUAUACAGAUCAUUAGCAAAGACGAUCAUAACUGGUGGCAGGGUAAACUGGAGAAUUCCAAGAAUGGUACUGCAGGUCUUAUUCCUUCUCCUGAGCUUCAGGAAUGGCGAGUAGCUUGCAUUGCCAUGGAGAAGACCAAACAGGAGCAGCAAGCCAGCUGUACUUGGUUUGGAAAGAAAAAGAAACAGUACAAAGACAAAUACUUGGCAAAGCACAAUGCAGUGUUUGAUCAAUUAGAUCUUGUCACAUAUGAAGAAGUAGUAAAACUGCCAGCAUUCAAAAGGAAAACACUAGUCUUACUAGGUGCACAUGGUGUUGGAAGGAGACACAUAAAAAAUACACUUAUCACAAAACAUCCAGACAGAUUUGCAUAUCCUAUUCCACACACAACCAGACCUCCAAAGAAAGAUGAAGAAAAUGGAAAGAAUUAUUAUUUUGUGUCACAUGACCAGAUGAUGCAGGAUAUAUCCAACAAUGAGUAUUUGGAAUAUGGCAGCCACGAGGAUGCAAUGUAUGGGACGAAACUGGAAACAAUACGGAAGAUCCAUGAGCAGGGACUAAUUGCAAUACUUGAUGUAGAGCCUCAGGCACUGAAGGUCCUGAGAACUGCAGAGUUUGCUCCUUUUGUUGUUUUUAUUGCUGCACCUACAAUUACUCCAGGCAUUAAUGAGGAUGAAUCUCUUCAGCGCCUGCAAAAGGAAUCUGAAAUCUUACAGAGAACAUAUGCACACUACUUUGAUCUAACAAUUAUCAACAAUGAAAUUGAUGAAACAAUCAGGCAUCUGGAGGAAGCCAUUGAGCUUGUUUGUACAGCAUCACAGUGGGUUCCAGUCUCCUGGGUCUAUUAGGCCUUUUGCCAGAUAACUAAAGAAUUUUAUCAUUACUGGGAACCACCUCAUACAUGGAAAAAAAACUCUUCGUUACUGACCUUGUGUCAACAGGUCUUGGCCCCUAGAGACUACCUAGAUGUAGUGUGACCUAAAUUUAUAAUUAUUGUCAUGUCCUAAUAGAUAGGAGAAAAAAAAUUAAACACUAAUUUAAAGAGACAGUAUCUUUUUUUAAUCAGUUCUCCUAAACUUUAAUAAAAUGUAUCUUUAAAUAUAUGUAUUAUUCAAUCCUUUGAAAUGUUAUAUUUUUGGAAAUCAUAGCUUUUUAUUUCAAAGGCCCCUAAAAACUGCACAAAAUAGAUGCUGCUUUCUAUAAUCUAUUUUAAUAAUAAUAAUGAAAUGAUUCUGUUACCUUAACGUGGGGGUGGAACACUACAUUUUUUUAGAGUCUGAUUUUCUGAAUUGGAAUACCUUGCCUUCCUUUAUUUAUUUUAAAUAAUUAGUCAAUAAUUU